AUGGUUGAAACAAAAAUGUUUGUGUUACUCUUAAUACUCUGGAAAAUGUAUAAAAUAGUGGAGGAGAGGUGUAAUCUGGAAAACUUUGAAACUGUCCAGGUUGGAAAAAUCUCCUUUGAACAGAAACUGAUUUUAAGGAAUUCUAUAGCCCGUCAAAGAGGAAAUCAAGCAGAGAGGUACGACUCGGCCCCGUCUCCCCUCCUCUUCCAUUUGCCGCCGGAGGUAGAAUUCUCUAUCAUGGUCUCGGUACUCAAACACGUCAUCUCCGGCGUUGGCACAUCCCGAGGUGCCACCCCAUCCAAGACGGUCUCCUCAGGUGAUCAUGGGACAGGAACGGAACAGAACUGCCCCAAUCCCAUCAUCCCCUUGCUCCCUGACGGUGACGCGUGUCGGUUCUGCAAAAUCGACGGCUGCUUGGGGUGUAACUUUUUCGCGCCAACAACCUCCACAGGUGAUGACAAGGGUGUGAAGAGGAGGAAGGUUAUGUUUAAAUACAGGGGAGUGAGGCAGAGGCCGUGGGGAAAGUGGGCGGCAGAGAUUCGAGACCCCCGGCUGGCAGCCGGAGUGUGGCUGGGAACUUUCGAGACUGCAGAGGCGGCCGCCAGGGCUUAUGACAGAGCCGCCGUGGGGUUUCGGGGAGUGAAGGCCAAGACCAACUUUCCAUUGUCCGACUACCAAUUGGGUAAUCAGAACAGAAGCACCUAGAGAAUAAAUAACCAUGAAAUUAAGCC